AUGUUUCUCAUUGCGUUAUAUGUGGGCAUGAUCAGAAGUAACAUUUUACGUCCGGGUGUACUUUUCUUUAUCAAAAGUCCUGAGGACCCAAACGCGAGACUUAUUCAUGAUGCAGUGGUCAAACCAUUUUUGUUACAGGUACUGAGAAUUUUUUUGAGUGCUAAAGUAUACACUGCAUUUAUUGUUCUCGGUAUUGGAAGCACCACAUGGGGUCUCCGGUUUUUAGUAAGCCCACCAAGUGCUGAGAAGGCAGUACUUUUCCCAAUUCGCUUGCAAGAUGUGGCAAUGAUCUUUGUGCCCUUAUCCCUUGGGCAUAAAAUCAAACCCCUACUUGCUAACCGUUGGAAUGAUUUUUGGAAAUGGUCAUUCUCCAUGUUGUGCAGUCGUCUCAGGCUCUCCCAUUUCUUACUAGGAGUGCCAAUUCCUGAGGAAAGAGGACAUGUGUUGUACAGAAAUAUACUUCAAACCUUUUUGGGUUUGGCUGUGCCAGAUUUCUCGAGACCUUUAAGUUAUUCGGAAGCUAUGCGAGUAUUUCAAGAGCAUCCUGAUGUCAAGGCUUGUUUUGUCCCCGACGGGAACUUUAUUCGUGCUCCUGGAAGUGACGAUAACUCGCACAAAUUUUUACGGAGCCUUUUUGUUCCGGUCACAAAGUCUGACCAGCUUUUAUCACCAGCAGAGGAGGUCCUAACUGAUGAAGAAACAGACUGGUGGGACGAAGAUAUCCCAAUACGAAGACACUUAUACGGUCGUAUACACCCCACCAUACCUCAAGAUGAGAUGUAUCGUCUUGGUUAUUAUGGUUUGCCUUUUCGGCGCACUUCUCUCAGUGUUCUUAGGUACCAUUGCUCUAUUGUUGGGCAGGCCGGUUGUAGUUGUUGCAACUAA